AUGCUGGCCUGGACCAGCCUUAACUUGUGGAUGUUCCCCACCAAUCAGGAGGUACUAUCCUUCCUCCUGAUGAACAUGAAGGACUCUGCCGGGGCCUGGGCCCAUCCUCACCUUGACCAGCUUGGGUCACACCAAGCCAUCAUCCAAACAGUUGAAGGUUUCAAACUGGAGUUCUUGGCAGCCUUCAGCAACCCUGAUGCCACAAGGGCUGCCAAAUGGAAGAUAACCACCCUAACCCAGUCCAGCACAUGCGCAGACUACAUUACAAAGUUCAGAACCUUAGCCAUGGAACUGGACUGGAACAACGCGGCCCUCAGAGGCCAGUUUGCCCAUGGCCUCCACUGGGAGCUGCAAAAUGCAGCACUUGUCAUUGAUAAUGCUCUCCGCAAAGAACGCGCUAGUCACCCACCAAGGGACAAUAAAUCUAGCAAGCAAUCCAACCCUGCAAGGGGGAUGAGUACCGGCCAGUCAAGCACCAGUCCCAAGAAGCUCUCCAACAACCCCAACUUUGUGUUGGAAAAGGAAAGAAAUUGCUGCUGCGCCGCAGGCGCCUGCAUCAAAUGCAGCAAAAUGGGCCAUAAGUUUGCGGAAUGCCGCAUGGGCUGGAAGGCUACCCCUGUCAAAGACAAGGGGAAAGCCAAAGAAACCGCCAAAAUAGGCAAAGACUCUGAGUACCAAUUGGGAAAAGAGUAA